UCUUCUCUCAUUCGCUACUCGUCCGGAGAGCAAAACAAAAUAAGAAAUACAUAUAUCUUGGGGUGAAUAGGAAAUUGUCCCUGCACCGAUUCGCGCCAAUAUUCCUGUCAAGGAAAUGAAAAACAAAACAGACAAAUAAAACAUAACUGGACACAACUAAAUCAAUCCGGCGAAGACGCGACGUCGUGCCUCCACCAUUUUGUUUUCCCCACUCCUCGUGCGUGCGUGUUUGCAGUGUUUGUGCAUAGAGCUCCCCAUGAUGCCAGUAAAAUGUGCAAAACCGAACUUAAAACAGGCUUCUUGUAGUGUCAUCUAGUUAGCCAUGGAACGGAUAGCGCCAGAAGAAGCGGCCUCCUUGAGCGAAGCGCGAAAGCAGAUAGUGGAAAUAGCCAGGAAUCGGCCGGGAACACAAGUGGCCAAGUGCAUCCUCGCCUACGACGAGCAACAGGACCUCGCCUCGCUUGUAGUCCUCCUCGAAGAGCUCUCCAAGAACACGGACUACUCCACGGACCUGCGGAUAUCACUGGGAUAUUAUAUUGAGGAGCUACUGCGACACUGCUUAGGAAGCAACUAUGUCUCCCGAAGAUCGGCCAUCGUGGCCGCGGGAAGUGCCCUCCAGUACUGCGGCAAGAUCUAUGGAGACCGCGUGGAGUACAUGUACCAGGUGGUGGAGCACCAGAUCGAAGCCCUGCUCACAUCGGAGUCUCAGAAGGAGACGCCCAGCGGAAGUAGUGCGCCGAAGAACAAUGAACCCAGGCCGGAAGAACCUCGAAAACGUCGCGCGAAAAAGCUGACUAAGAAGGAAGUAGAUCCUUAUUUGCUCACCGUGGAACCGAAAAAGUUCAAGACCAUGUCGGACGACAAACGCUUCAACAUGGCGGGCUUUGUAAAAUGCACGAGAAAUCGGACGAUAGAAUACCUUUAUCAAGAUCAUACGCCGCCCAACUUGUGGAGACACGCGCCAAUUGUAGAUCCCCACAAUCCCUACGACCAGGAUGAAAAAAAGCAGUACAAAAUGUUUACGUAUCACGUAGAGCAUAGGUACAACACGCUUCUGCCGGAUAUUCCCUUUGAAAGGCUGAAUCUCAUUAAGGAAUAUGUGCACACAAACCAGGUGAACACCACGGAGAUUCUUAAUGAGCACAUGACCACGAAGGAUUAUCUGGACGAGUAUAUUGCGCUGGAGAAUCAAAUGCUGGCAGCCCGCUAUGGAGCCACUGUCAGAACGAGAAGAAGUUUGGUUGAACCGGCGAAAAGAUUGAUGGAGGACAGUUUGGUAGCGGAAAUGGCGAAGAAGGUGUGCAUAGACGAGAAUCUGCCAAUAGAUACGGACGAAACUGCUCCGCUGGAAGCAAUGGACGUGGACCAAUCUGUGAUGGCUGAAAACAACCAGUCGCUAAUCACAGCAGAUGCCCUGCAAAAUCAAAUAUCAGUGGACUCAGGCCUAGGCGAAUCGAUGAACACGAGUCAGGAGGACAGCAACAUCAACAUCACGAUGGACAUCAGCCAGGUGGAGAACUCUACUUUGGGCGUUAGCCAAGUGGAGUCGUCUUUGAGCACCAGCCAGGCGGAAAACUCCCUAAGCGUUAGCCAAGUAGAGAAUCUGGCGCUGAGCAGCACAUUAGACAUUAAUGAGUCUAGUGUCCUGGACAGCACGAGAGUGGAUCAGCCCCCCUUAAAAGAUCUUGCUCUAGACGAACUGCUAAUAGAUUCAGGGAUCGGUAUGGAAGAUGUUUCCGAUUUCCAAAUGCAUACAGGCCAGUCUUUUGACGAUGAGGGUGUUGUUCUUUCAGAUCUAGAAGAUCAACGGCAGUUGUCGCCCACGAUGAAGUUGAUUAGCCAAUCGGAAGAGGCGAAAACAGUUCAAGUCAUUGAGAUGGAUGCCGAUGUGGUAAUGAAUGUUCCAAGGGAAGUGUGCUAUCCCAUUCUGCUGAAUGUUAUGGGUCUCCCCAUUAAAGGUCUGCGUCGCAAAUGUAUCUUUAAACUUCCAACUGAGUUCGACUUGUUUAAGCAAGCACGUCUUCCUGCUAAGCGAGAGGCGCAACCAAAAGCCACACCCACUCCCAGAACUAUAUUGCAGAUUGAACGAGAAGCUUUCCAAAAAGAAAAGGAACCCGGCUCCCCCUGCAGCUUAGAGUUCGAUGAGGAUUUUAAUUUCCUGGGCUUCCGUCAACGUAGACCCACAUUUGACUCAGGCUUCGAUAUUGACGAGUUGCGUGGCGGUUCAGCUUGUGUGUCCACCAUCGGAGAAGUUAAAAUUGAGAUUGAAGACGGAACGGAAACCCACACCGACAAGUUGAUUAAUGUAAGCGAUAGCGACGCCUUGGAAAAGAGUGCGAAUGCCGUAAGGGAAUGUGGGCUGGGAGAGUCCCUGAUGGAGGAAUUAAACGCUUCUACCGAACCCAAAACUGAGAACAUUACUGCAAAUUCCUCGCAGCUUGAAGUAACUGAAACAUCCGGAAAUCUAAGCGGACUGGAAACUACAGUGGACUUAGGAAUGGAGAGUGUGCUAACUAGUUCCGUAUUAGAUCCAAGUAUUGAGCCGAAUGCAGUGGACAGUUGUAUUUUAAAUGUCACUCAACUUGACAAUUCAGCCCUGGAGAUUUCAACUCUGCAGGACAAAGCUAUCUUAAAUGACGAAGCAGCUGCAAAGAAUUUGCCUGCUGAAACACCUAAUCCAGAUUUAGACUCGGCAGCCAACGACUGCGAUGAAUCAACGCGUAGCGACUCCCCUUUCGAAAUUGACGAUUUGGAUAGCCCCGAUUCCAGCUCAAUGAUCCGAGACUGGCAUAGACGAUUGGGUCCAGCUUUGGAAGCAGCCCAUGAACGACAGAAUUUCAACAUUAAGGACUUGGGCACUGAGGUUUUAGACAUUUGCAAGGCGGGCAACGGUACAGCCACGUUAGCCGACGUCAUGACUGACAAGGAUCCUAGUAUCAUGUGCCGCUACAUGCUGGCUUCCCUGGUCCUGACAAACCACGGAAACGUGUCCUUGGAUUUUGGAAAUCGCGAUAAAAGUAAGCCCAUCGACAUGUCUCAGUUUCGAAUGCAUUUAAAGAGUACGAAGCGAAUGGAAAUCCAUCCCGAGGACGACGUGGGCAACAUAAAUGCUGCCAAGAGCCACUCGGCGGCGAGGAGUAAAGAGCGAAAUGUUUCAGCUAACAAUACGAAGCCAGGGACAAGCAAGCCGGCGUCUGCAGCUACAAAACGAAAGUCUGCGGAAGUGGCUUUAUCUGAGGCCCAGAGAUCAAUGCACUUUUCCCAGCAGUACAACAAGAUCAAGAGGCUGCACUAGAUAUAAAUCCUUGCCAGAUUAUUAACCCGCAAUUUUGUACAAAUGUAAGUUUUAGUUGCCUAUCAUUAACAGGCUUGCAAUAGGAUGAAUAGAGUAGAACAAAUGCUUUGGCUUAAGCUUAUUGAUGUAUCAAUCAAUAUUUGUUUAGAGUAGUAAACCAGUAUUAUUAAGCUCGAUUUCCUUAAGCAUGAAGCCGCUUUUUAUGUUUUCUUAAAUUUUUUCGGUUUAUUACACUUUUUUGUUUCUUUUAUUUGCUUUUGAAAUUUUCCCUUUUUUUUUAUUUCUAUUUCUUUUGAACAUUUUUGAUUUAUUUUACUUUACUUACGAAUACAUUUAUUUUGUAUUCUUAUAUUUUUCUAUAAUUUCCUAAAAAUUGAACUGUAUACCUCUUUUAAUUUAGAACAAAAAAUAGACAAAUGGCUUUUUGGUUGCCGAAGUGCGUGUUUUGGAAAUCCUCAUGAGCUGAUAGUACUAAUUUCAAGUACCUGAUCUCGUUCUGUACAAAAGUAUAUAAGUAAGAAUUCUUCGGACAUAUAGGACAAAGUUCCGGCUAAAUAAGAAUAAAGUGUAUAUAUGUAUGUAUUUACCAGAGUGCAAGCUAGUGUCUAUUUACAAGCAGUUUAAGAUAUAAUGUUUUUUCCUAGUUAUAACGUGUAGUUCUUAAGGAAUAAAACGGAACCAUGCAAUCACUUAAA